GUGACAGGAGGAGAGGUGCUGCUUCGUGUUGACGUUUUUCUGCAGCUUGUUAUCUUUGUGUUGCUCCGUCAGAAAUGGACGACCAGGGCUGUCCCAGGUGUAAAACCACCAAGUACAGGAACCCGUCUCUGAAGCUGAUGGUGAACGUUUGCGGACACACACUAUGCGAGAACUGUGUGGAGAUGCUGUUUGUGCGCGGCUCGGGCAACUGCGUGCAGUGUGACACGCCCCUGAGGAAGAACAACUUCCGCGUGCAGCUCUUCGAAGACCCCACUGUAGAUAAGGAGGUGGAGAUCCGCAAGAAGGUGCUGAAGAUAUUCAACAAGAGAGAGUUUGACUUCUCCGGCCUGAGAGAGUAUAAUGACUACCUGGAGCGAGUGGAGGAGAUAGUGCAUAACCUGAAAAACAACCUUGAUGUGGAGAACACCAAGCUAAGGAUGGAGCAGUACCAGAGGGAGAACAGAGAUCUCAUCCAGAAGAAUAAGGCCACACUUACACGAGAGCAGGAGGAGCUGGAGGAGCUGCUUUUGCUGGAGCAGCAGGGCAACGAGCAGCGGAGGCUGGAUGUGCUGCAGGAGGAGCAGAGGCAGCUGCAUGCCAAGAGGAAGAACAAGCAGGCUCUGCUGGAUGAACUGGAGAAGUCUCAACUUCCUGCCGCCAUGUUGCUUGCCCAACACAAGGUCCGUGCUGCCCAGCUGGAGACCCAGAUAGAGCAUCAGAAACAGACGGUCAAACCUACAAAUCUAUUUUCAACAGGAAUCCAUAUGCGUCAGACCGUCUCUCUCCUGCCUGCGCCCAGGAUAGAGGAAGUCCUGUACCACUACCAGCCUAUUCAUGUUGAAACCUAUGGACCCCAGGUGCCUGAACUGGAGCAGCUGGGCAGAGUCGGGUAUCUGAACCACGUGCGGGCUGCCAUGCCUCAGGACACAGCUGGAGGAUACAGCUCGGCUCUGGCGUGUCAUCGAGCCGUCCAGGAUGCGUUCAGCGGGCUGUUCCCUCACAGAGGAUGAACUCGUAGCUCACAGAGGAGGAGCAGCAGCGACUGGAUUCACAUGUGACUGAAUGGACUAUAAAUCCUGCUCUGCUGCCACCGUGGAGAGCUGCUGUCUGUGGUGGGUGGUGAUACAGUAUGACCGUUUUUUGGUCAAGGUUUAUUUUUUUAU